GGUGCGAGCUCGGUGACGGCCCCGGGGUGGGGUCCCGGCGCCGGGUGGCGGCUCUGGGGAUGGGGAAGGAGCAGGAGCUGCUGGAGGCGGCCCGCACCGGGCACCUCCCGGCCGUGGAGAAGCUGCUGUCCGGGAAGCGGCUGUCCUCGGGCUUCGGCGGCGGCGGCGGCGGCGGCGGCGGCGGAGGAGGAGGAGGGAGCUCCGGGGGCGGCGGCUCCGGGGCCGGCGGCGGCGGCUCCUCCAGUCACCCCCUGUCCAGUCUGCUCAGCAUGUGGAGAGGGCCGAAUGUGAACUGUGUCGACAGCACCGGCUACACCCCGCUGCACCACGCCGCUCUGAACGGACACAGGGAUGUGGUCGAGGUUCUUCUGAGGAACGACGCACUGACCAAUGUGGCCGACUCAAAAGGCUGCUACCCCCUGCACUUGGCCGCCUGGAAGGGAGAUGCCCAGAUCGUGCGGCUGCUCAUCCACCAGGGGCCCUCCCACACCAGAGUCAACGAACAGAACAACGACAACGAGACGGCCUUGCAUUGCGCAGCGCAGUACGGCCACACGGAGGUGGUGAAGGCUCUCUUGGAGGAGCUCACCGACCCCACCAUGCGCAACAACAAAUUUGAGACGCCCCUGGACCUGGCUGCGCUCUACGGGCGGCUGGAGGUGGUGAAGAUGCUCCUGAACGCGCACCCCAACCUCCUGAGCUGCGGCACCAAGAAGCACACCCCCCUGCACCUGGCAGCGAGGAACGGCCACAAGGCCGUGGUGCAGGUCCUGCUCGAUGCUGGCAUGGACAGCAACUACCAGACGGAGAUGGGCAGUGCUUUGCAUGAGGCUGCUUUGUUUGGCAAGACCGAUGUGGUGCAAAUCCUGCUGGCCGCAGGGAUCGACGUCAACAUAAGAGAUAACCGCGGUCUGACUGCCCUCGACACUGUCCGGGACCUGCCUUCUCAGAAGAGCCAGCAGAUAGCAGCUCUGAUAGAAGAUCACAUGACCGGGAGAAGGAGCGCAAAGGAAGUGUCCGAGAGCUGCGCCGUCCCGCCGCCCCCUCCACUCUGCAGCGCCGAGGCCCCGGCACCGAAGUCUCAGGGCGAUGUGGAGAAAGCAGUGACUGAGCCGACCACCGACCUUGACACACAUGCUGAAGCGGAGGGUCCCUACGAGGCGCUGUACAAUGCCAUGUCCUGUCAUUCUCUGGAUAGCUUGGCCAGCGGGCGGCCAUCCGACGCAGACUCUGUGAGCAAGGAGACCGAGGCUGCCGGAGCUCGAACCGCUGCAGUGAGGCCGCGAGAACGCCCACCGCCUCCAGCGAAGCCGCCACCUGACGACGAGGAAGAGGAGCGCGGGGCCAAGAAGUGCCUUCUGGUGACAGCGCCUGAGAACGUGGCUGUGAGGCCCAGGAUCCCGGGCAGGGCCGCGCGGGAAGAUGACGAGCACCCGUAUGAGCUGCUGCUGACGGCCGAGACCAAGAGGCCCGCGCCCGGGGGCGAAUGGACGGAAGACCACAGGCGGAGCAGCAGCAGCCGGAGCCAGGACUCUGCGGACGGGCAGGACGGGCAGGUCCCAGAGCAGUUCUCGGGUCUCCUCCACGGUUCCUCCCCGGUGUGCGAGGUGGGACAGGACCCUUUCCAGCUGCUCACUGCCACCGGCCAGAGCCAUCCAGACCGGUCCCCCAAGCAGGGCGCCUGUCCUGAGACCAGCAUGCAGCUGGAAGAGACAGCUUUACACCCUCCCGGAGCCCCGCAGCCCAGCAUCCUGGACCAGAGCAAAAGAGUGGGCUUCUCAGCAGGCCUGGCCACCCCUGCCAGCCGAGGGCACCUCGAGACUUUGACUCUCGCAGCACCUCUGCACCCUGCUGGUGCUGAGGAAGAAGGAGACCAGCUUGGGGCCAGGAGCCGGGCCCCUCCCACCAGCAAGCCCAAAGCGGAGCUCAAACUCAGCCGCAGUUUGUCCAAGUCGGACUCGGAUCUCCUGACCUGCUCUCCCACGGAGGACACCACGAUGGGCAGCCGCAGCGAGUCUUUGUCCAACUGUAGCGUUGGGAAGAAGAGGCUGGAGAAGUCGCCGUCCUUCGCCUCAGAGUGGGAUGAGAUUGAGAAGAUUAUGAGCUCAAUCGGAGAAGGGAUUGACUUUUCUCAGGAACAGCAGAAGAUCUCAGGUUCGCGGACGCUGGAGCAGAGCGUCGGGGAGUGGCUGGAGUCGGUCGGGCUGCAGCAGUAUGAGAGCAGGUUGCUGCUGAAUGGCUUUGACGAUGUCCGCUUCCUGGGGUCGAACGUGAUGGAAGAGCAAGACCUGCGGGAGAUUGGCAUCAGUGACCCGCAACACCGGAGGAAGCUGCUUCAGGCUGCACGCUCCCUGCCCAAGGUGAAGGCCCUUGGCUAUGAUGGGAGCAGCCCUCCAUCAGUGCCCUCUUGGCUGGACUCCCUGGGGCUGCAGGACUACGUUCACUCUUUCCUGUCCAGCGGCUACAGCUCCAUCGACACUGUGAAGAACCUCUGGGAGCUGGAGCUUGUCAACGUCCUGAAGAUCCACCUGCUGGGCCACCGCAAGCGCAUCAUUGCCUCCCUAGCAGAGAGGCCCUAUGAGGAACCACCCCAGAAGCCCCCCAGGUUUUCCCAGCUGAGGUGCCAAGACUUGAUCUCCCAGACGUCAUCCCCAUUGAGCCAAAACGACUCCUGCACGGUGCGGUCCGCAGACCUGCUGUUGCCUUCAGGGGACACGGGCAGGAGGCGGCACGACAGUCUGCACGACCCCGCAGCACCCUCUCGAGCAGAGCGCUUCAGGGUCCAGGAGGAGCCCCAUGAGGCCAAGCUGACCCUGCGCCCACCCAGCCUGGCUGCCCCUUACGCCCCCGUGCAGAGCUGGCAACACCAACCAGAGAAACUCAUCUUCGAGUCCUGCGGUUAUGAGGCCAACUAUCUGGGCUCCAUGCUGAUCAAAGACCUGCGAGGGACAGAAUCCACACAAGAUGCCUGUGCCAAAAUGCGGAAAUCCACCGAGCACAUGAGGAAGAUCCCCACCAUCAUCCUGUCCAUCACAUACAAAGGUGUCAAGUUCAUCGAUGCUUCCAACAAGAACGUCAUUGCGGAGCACGAGAUCCGGAACAUUUCCUGUGCGGCCCAGGACCCAGAGGACCUGUGCACCUUUGCCUACAUCACCAAGGACCUGCAAACCAGCCAUCACUACUGCCAUGUCUUCAGUACAGUGGAUGUGAACCUGACCUACGAGAUCAUCCUGACCCUGGGGCAGGCAUUUGAGGUGGCCUAUCAGCUGGCCCUGCAAGCCCAGAAGUCCAGGACCAUUGGGGCCGCUGCAGCUGAGAUGAUUGAAACAAAAUCUUCCAAACCAGUGCCUAAGCCUCGGGUCGGCAUGAGGAAGUCCGCAGUGCCGCUGCCCCCAGAUAGUCGCUGUUGUUACUGUCACACCUGCACCACCCACCGUCCUUCCUAUCUACCGCUGCCGUCUGUUAGUCCUGGAGUCAAGCUGGAGCCACCUGAUACAGACCAAGAGGCCCAGUCCCAUGCCAGCGUUUCCUGGAUUGUGGACCCAAAGCCAGACUCCAGGAGGAACCUCAGCACCAACUGAGCCACUGAGGAAUCACACUGUGCCGCAGAAACACAGAUGUGGGGAGCACAGGCUCCUGCCCCCCACCACCGAGAGGCUCGCCUGCAGCUCUGAAGACCUAGGCCCAGCCCCUACCUGUAUGACCUCUCAGCCAUUUGGCCUGGGCCUGCCAGUGGGUCUUUCACAGUGAACCCUGCCCCAGCUGCAGAGAAGACGUCAGGCUUCUAGCUGAUGAGACUGGAACUCUCUGGAGGGCCAAGAAGUGACUUUGUCCAGAAUUCAUGUUUUUAAAUAGAAAAAAAAAAAAAGAUCUUUUUAUAAAAUGAAAUUUUAACACUUGGCUCCAGCCUCUAGGUAAAACUGCCAAUCUUCAGACAAAUAGCCAUGGGCUCCCAGGAUGGAGGAACUGAUCCUGGCCAGAGGCCCUGUCCUCAGGGUGGGUUCUCAGCGUGGGUUCUCAGCAUGGUUGGGAGCAUGAGAGGACGGCGGUCUGUGGAUGGGUUGAAAGCAGGAGGCUCAGGGCAGAGUUGAGAGUUCUUACCUAACGCGGUUGAGAGCUGGACUCCAGCUCUUCAGUGAGGACAUAGCCUUGGAGGCUCCUAAGCCAAAGCAGGAGCUUCUGGUCUGUUCUGGGGCUCCAGAUAGGGAGGAGCAAGUAGUUUUCCAAGCCAGGCACUCCUUAGGUGGUUCAGCCACUCUGCACUAGUGACGGGCCGCAUGGGGACAAAGCAGUGGCAACUUCAUCUUGGGCACGAAUGGACAGGUCAGCUAGGAUCACAACUUGCCACAUCACAUCAGGUCUGUGGUGAGGACUCAUUUUGAUUCUCUGAAUUGCUGGGCACAUCGCUAGUUCAUAUGUGCAAAAGGCCUAGAUCAGGUGACUGCCUUCCCACCCCCACCCCCAGAAUGGCCUUGGGAGCAUGCUGGUGUCCUGGCAUACCAGUGCUGCUGAAGCCUUCUGCCUAGGUUGCAUAGCUUCUAAAAAUGACUUGGGUGGAAGUUGUCGUCCUGGGCUAUAAGAGGAAUGAAGGGCUGGUUCCUGUGGGCAGGGAGCAGAGAGGAGCAUGGACCCAUGGGUACAUCAGCAGGUCUUGGGCUUCCCUGGCACAGUUCAUCCUGUGCCUGGGAUGGACAGGCCAGACCCCAAGCAAAGGCUAGGAGUUCUAGUUCUGAGCAUGUGCAGAGAGCUCUGGGCACCUUUGACCUUGAGUCUGGCAGAGUGGGCGUCCUGCCUGCCGAGCACCCAGCACAGAAAGUUGUCCUCUUCAGAUACUGGAGAUUGGAUUCAUUUUCCUGUCAGCUCACACCUUGUAGGAAUCCAUACAAAAGACCUGCAGCUUCUUGGCCCGUCCUCCACAGAGCUGAGCUCAGGAAGCUCUGCUGGUAGGAACAAGGCCUGACUGGAAAACUGUAGACACUACAAGGAGUUCCUCAAGCUGUUUUGUUUUUAAAUCACAUAUAGGCAUUUCUUCCCUUUGAAGCUGCUAUGUCUUUAUUUAUUCAGGGUGUUUCAUAUUGGAAAGCCUUGGCUAGUGUGCUCAUUUAGAGAUUAGCUUUCUUGAAUAUUGAGAAACAAAGUGACUGGACCUCUCUCAUGCUCUCUCCUUCACUCCUUAGAAAGGAACAUUGUAAUGUUCAAUGGGAAGGCCAGGCUUUCACAUUUCCCCCGGCACACAGUCACUAUACUUGAACUGUGAAGGAGCUGUUCAGGUGGGAGUCCAAUGUGUUCCGUGCUUGUUCAGUCCCUGUUGUCACCAUGGCCACUGGGCCCCUGCUGGCCUCUCCUCUAGCCAGCUGCUCUGAGCAGGCCUCUUUCUUGCUGGCUGUGCGUUUUCAACACAGCACUUCCUGCUUUGACUCUGGUGUCUCCUACUAAGGAGUUCACUGAGAAGCCUGGGGUUUGAGCAGGCAGCACGCACAGUUGUCAUCAGGACAUGUGACACCAGUCUGGACACAGCAGUUAGGGAUGGCCAGGCUGCCAAGUUGCAGUACAGAAUUGUUGCUCAUGGUAUGGCAGUGGACUGAACUGUAAGAAAAAUGUUAUUUAAUCUUCGUCUCCAUAUUUUGAUACUUGAAUGACUUCCCCUUUUGUUUUACUGUAUAUAUACCUGUCAGUCUGGCUUUGUCUGCGUUGUAAGCAUCUGUGGUACCAAACAUAGCCGGCCUGUGCAACAAUAGACGGACCUCACCACACAGGGCUGUAAAUACCCCUGGGCUUCCAGCUUUGGUUUUGUUCUUUUCGUAACUGUUAAUAAACAAGACGCGACAUGCACCAGCCUUA